AAACCCUCUCUGUGGCAACCCUAGAUUAGUAUCCAUGUCCUCCUCAUCAUCAUCUCCAUUCUCCUCCCCUGCUUCUCUCUCACACCAGAUUCUGAUCUGGUCCAUUGGUUGCUGCUAAGGUGAAAAGAGUAGUAAUAACAAGUGCACCCCUGUCCCCGGUUCCUUGCAAGAUUCUCCCUUUCUUGGCAUACCCCAAGACUUCUCCUUUCGUCCGCCGCUGGCAAGAUCGGUUCACCAGGUGAUCGCGACGCACGUAGGGGAAGCUGUGUAGGGCGGAUGGGAGUCCACACAAUGUCGGGCGGCGGCAGCGGCGGCGGCGGGGCACUCUCGCGGCAGGGGUCGGUGUACAGCCUCACGCUGAACGAGGUGGAGAGCCACUUGGGGGAGCCGCUGCGGAGCAUGAACCUGGACGACCUGCUGCGCACGGUGCUCCCCGCCGCCGACCCGCACGCCGCGGGGGAGGCGGCGACGGCGGGGAAGAAGACGGUGGACGAGGUGUGGCGCGACAUCCAGAGCGCCGGCAGCGGGCGGCAGGCGACGACCAUGGGCGAGAUGACGCUCAAGGACUUCCUCUCGCGCGCCGGCGUGGCUGUCGACGGGGGCGCCAGCGCGCAUUGGCUGCGCCACUACCCGGCGCCGCCGCUGCAGUACGUGGGGCGGCCCGUGGCGCGGCCGCUCGGUGUGGGGCCCGCGCCGGUGCUCGACGCCGUGUACCGCGACGGGCACGGCGUCGCCGGGUUCCUCUCGCAGGUGGCCGGGCGGAAACGCGGCGCGUCGGCCGGGGCGGACGGCGUGGUGGAGAAGACGGUGGAGCGCAGGCAGAAGCGUAUGAUCAAGAACCGCGAGUCGGCGGCGCGGUCCCGAGCACGGAAGCAGGCAUACACGAACGAGCUGGAGAACAAGAUCUCGCGGUUGGAGGAGGAGAACCAGCGGCUUAGAGAGCAGAAGGCUGUUGCUGAUUUCUCAACAUUCCCUAGCUGCGUUGAUUUCCUGAAAGCAUUUUUGACGCAGAAGCUGGAACCAGUGAUGCAGAUUGUGCCACAGCCGGAGCCGAAGCAGCAGCUGCGACGAACUAAUUCGGCCUCUUUCUAAUCAACCACAAUGUUCAUAGUGCAAUUGUUAAAACUCAAUGUCUGUAGGGAAUCAAUGGGCUUGUACUUGGGAUGUCAGCUGUUGUGAACAAGAGUUGAAACGAACUCUGAACUGUCGAUCUGAACGUUUCACAAUCCCUCUUGCAAAUUUCACUCUGAAACUUUCAGAAAAAAAAAAUUUCACUGUGGGUGUUGAUGCAGAACAGAAGCAAUGCAUCUUCUAUUGAUAAGCGAGGAUUGAUGUGUUAUGACGUUGAUCGAAGAGCCUAUGGAGCAUAUGGAGCUAGUCAUGGUCCUCUUGAA